CCCCCAUGCCCGUGUCUUUACUCUCAACGACAAUUGUUAAUCCGUCGAAACCUCUAGCUGCCUCUAUUACCCCCCCGUCUAGAACCACACAUGGCAGAGCAGGAUGUUCCACACCCCUUGGGUGCUCAAGAGUCAAGAGGCAAUCGUUCUGGUGAAAAGAAAGCUGAAUGAAAACACAGCGAACUGCGUUGACGUCGCCCUCCACCUUGUCCUGAGGUCAGACGAGCUCGACGAGUUUCUUGAUUUGGGGGACGAACACUUGGGUCGUACCAUUCGCACCUCAUAUGUCAAGGACCCGUUAUACUGCCAUUGUUAUCAUCAUACCUGGGACGUUGCAUGCAGUGGGUGCACCGGCUAUGCGAUAUCUCGUACAAGAAGUGUUUCGAGCGGCCUCUCCCAGUGUGCCGUUUAUGAAAUUGCUGUAUGAUCGUGGAUAUCCACGAGCUAAAGUGACGAAAAGAACUGGUGUAGAAAAGGGCAAAGAACCAGAUAUGUGCUGGGCUCCCGCCAAAAGAUGCCGCGAGCUCUAUGGCUCCGUCGUUCUUGAGGUAGGUGUGUCGCAAUCCUACCCUGACCUUGUACUCGUCGACACACAAGAAUGGUUUGAGGACCACCCUGAGAUCAUUACUGUUUUCAUCUUCAAAAUACACGUCAUGUCCCUUGUGUGAUCCUCGAGUUUUGGGAGAAAAAGGAUGGUAAACCUUCGAGCGUUGGUCAGUGGAGUUCAGUGAUGGAAUGGGUGAUGACCUAGCAGUAUACAAGCCGCUUGCGCAGCAGAUGAAGUUGUACGCCAGCGAUUUCUUCCUAUCACGCCGCAGUCCGUGAUCACUACAGCAAGCGAUUUCCUAAGGAGUUACCUGACUGUUUUCGUGGUGACCACCAUGCACCACUCCUC